CCUUUGAACAUUAACAUGAAGCUUCUUAUUCUGUGCUUGGCUCUUUGUGUCGUUGUUAUGGGCGAACGGUGCCACCAGGCAAGUGACUGCAGUACUAGUGUAACACUGUGUUCUUCAGGCAGCAGUCUUGCUUGCAUACAUAAUGAAUGUACAUGUACAACACAGUCUGGAAAUGCCUGCACCACAGCUCAAGAUUGCCACCAGCAUUGCCAUAACAGAGAUGGCCAUUGUGUCGACGGAAGUUGUCACUGCAGACAGGGUUAAAUAUUAAAAGUUUAAAAUU